CCUCCGCCACAGCCACAUCCACACCCCCGACCACUCCCCAGACCGCCACCUCUGCCACAGCCACAUCCACACCCCCAACCACCUCUCAGACCACCACCUCCGCCACAGCAACAUCCACACCCCCGACCACCUCUCAGACUGCCACCUCCACCACAGCGACAUCCACACCCCCAACAACCUCUCAGACCGCCACAGCCCCAGCCACAUCCACACCCCCAACCACCUCUCAGACCGCCACCUCCACCACAGCCACGUCCACACCCCCGAUGACCUCCCAGACCGCCAUCUCCGCCACAGCCACAUCCACAUCCCCAACCACCUCCAAGACCGCCACUUCUGCCACAGCCACAUCGACAUCCACACCCCCAACCGCCUCCCAGACUGCCACAGCCACAGCCACAUCCCCAACUACCUCUAACACCGCCACUUCUGCCACAGCCACAUCGACCUCCACACCCCCAACCACCUCCCAGACCACCACCUCCGCCACAGCCACGUCCACACCCCCAACGACCUCCCAGACUGCCACCUCUGCCACAGUCACGUCCACACCCCCAACGACCUCCCAGACCGCCACCUCCAUCACAGCGACAUCCACACCCUUGACCACCUCUCAGACUGCCACCUCUGCCACAGCCACAUCCACACCCCUGACCACCUCCCAGACCACCACCUCCGCCACAGCGACAUCCACAUCCCCAACAACCUUUCAGACUGCCACAGCCCCAGCCACAUCGACACCCCCAACCACCUCUAAGACCGCCACCUCCACCACAGCCACAUCCACACCCCCGACGACUUCCCAGACCACCACCUCCGCCACAGCCACAUCCACACCCCCAACGACCUCUCAGAUCAACACCUCCACCACAGCGACAUCCACACCCCCAACAACCUCUCAGACCGCCACAACCACAGCCACAUCCACAUCCCCAACCACCUCUAAGACCGCCACUUCUGCCACAGCCACAUCGACAUCCACACCCCAAAUGACCUUCCAGACCGCCACCUCUGCCACAGCCACGUCCACACCCCCAAUGACCUCCCAGACCGCCACCUCCGGCACAGCCACGUCCACAGCCCCGACCACCUCCCAGACCGCCACCUCCGUCACAGCCACGUCUACACCCCCGACCACCUCUCAGACCACCACCUCCACCACAGCCACGUCCACACCCCUGACGAUCUCCCAGACCACCACCUCCGUCACAGCCACGUCCACACCCCUGACCACCUCUCAGAUUGACACCUCCGCCACAGCGACAUCCACACCCCCAACAACCUCUCAGACCACCACAGACACAUCCACAUCCACAUCCCCAACCACCUCUAAGACCGCCACUGCUGCCACAGCCACAUCGACAUCCACACCCCCAACCACCUCACAGACCGCCACCUCCGCCACAGCCACGUCCACACCCCCAACGACCUCCCAGACUGCCACCUCCACCACAGCCACGUCCACACCCCCGACCACCUCUCAGACCGCCACCUCUGCCACAGCCACAUCCACACCCUCGACCACCUCCCAGACUGCCACCUCCGCCACAGCCACAUCCACACCCUCGACCACCUCCCAGACUGCCACCUCCGCCACAGCGACAUCCACACCCCCAACAACCUCUCAGACUGCAACAGCCCCAGCCACAUCCGCACCCGCAAUCACCUCUCAGACCGCCACCUCCACCACAGCCACGUCCACACCCCCGACGACCUCUCAGAUCGACACCUCCGCCACAGCCACAUCCACAUCCCCAACCACCUCUAAGACCACCACUUCUGCCACAGGCACAUCGACAUCCACACCCCCAACCACCUCCCAGACCACCACUGCCCCGUCCACACCCCCAACAACCUUCCAGACCGCCACCUCCAUCACAGCCACGUCCACACUCCCGAACACCUCUCAGACCGCCACCUCCGCCACAGCCACGUCCACACCCCUGAUGACCUCCCAGACCGCCACCUCCACCACAGCGACAUCCAAACCCCCGACCACCUCUCAGACUGCCACCUCCACCACAGCGACAUCCACCCCCCCAACAAGCUCUCAGACCGCCACAGCCCCAGCCACAUCCACACCCCCAACUACCUCUCACACCGCCACCUCCACCACAGCCAUGUCCACAUCCCUGAUGACCUCCCAGACCACCACCUCCGCCACAGCCACAUCCACACCCCCAACAACCUCUCAGACCGCCACAACCACAGCCACAUCCACAUCCCCAACAACCUCUAAGACCGCCACUUCUGCCACAGCCACAUCGACAUCCACACCCCCAACCACCUCCCAGACCGCCACCUCCACCACAGCCAUGUCCACACCCCCAACGACCUCCCAGACCGCCACCUCCGCCACAGCCACGUCCACACCCCCAACGACCUCCCAGACUGCCACCUCCGUCACAGCCACAUCCACACCCCCGACCACCUCUCAGACCGCCACCUCCGCCACAGCCACAUCCACACCCCCGACCACCUCUCAGAUCACCACCUCCGCCACAGCGACAUCCACAUCCCCAACAACCUCUCAGACUGCCACAGCCCCAGCCACAUCCACACCCCCAACCACCUCUCAGACCGCCACCUCCACCACAGCCACAUCCACACCCCCGACGACUUCCCAGACCACCACCUCUGCCACAGCCACAUCCACACCCCCAACGACCUCUCAGAUCAACACCUCCACCACAGCGACAUCCACACCCCCAACAACCUCUCAGACCGCCACAACCACAGCCACAUCCACAUCCCCAACCACCUCUAAGACCGCCACUUCUGCCACAGCCACAUCGACAUCCACACCCCAAAUGACCUUCCAGACCGCCACCUCUGCCACAGCCACGUCCACACCCCCAAAGACCUCCCAGACCGCCACCUCCACCACAGCCACGUCCACAUCCCUGACGACCUCCCAGACCGCCACCUCCGUCACAGCCACGUCCACACCCCUGACCAACUCUCAGACCGCAACCUCUGCCACAGCCACGUCCACACCCCCGACCACCUCUCAGAUUGACACCUCCGCCACAGCGACAUCCACACCCCCAACAACCUCUCAGACCACCACAGACACAUCCACAUCCACAUCCCCAACCACCUCUAAGACCGCCACUGCUGCCACAGCCACAUCGACAUCCACACCCCCAACCACCUCACAGACCGCCACCUCCGCCAUAGCCACGUCCACACCCCCAACGACCUCCCAGACUGCCACCUCCACCACAGCCAUGUCCACACCCCUGACCACCUCUCAGACCGCCACCUCUGCCACAGCCACAUCCACACCCUCGACCACCUCCCAGACUGCCACCUCCGCCACAGCCACAUCCAUACACCCGACCACCUCUCAGACUGCCACCUCCGCCACAGCGACAUCCACACCCCCAACAACCUCUCAGACUGCAACAGCCCCAGCCACAUCCGCACCCGCAAUCACCUCUCAGACCGCCACUUCCACCACAGCCACGUCCACACCCCCGACGACCUCCCAGGCCACCACUUCCACCACAGCCAUAUCCACACCCCCGACCACCUCUCAGAUCGACACCUCCGACACAGCCACAUCCACACCCCCAACAACCUCUCAGACCGCCACAGCCACAGCCACAUCCACAACCACCUCUAAGACUGCCACUUCUGCCACAGCCACAUUGACAUCCACACCCCCAACCACCUCCCAGACUGCCACCUCCACCACAACCACGUCCACACCCCCAAUGACCUCCAUGACUGCCACCUCCGCCACAGCCACGUCCACACCCCCGAUGACCUCCCAGACCGCCACCUCUGUCACAGCCACGUCCACACCCCCGACCACCUCUCAGACCACCACCUCCACUGCAGCGACAUCCACACCCCUGACCACCUCUCAGACCGCCACCUCUGCCACAGCGACAUCCACACCCCCAACAACCUCUCAGACCGCCACAGCCCCAGCCACAUCCACACCCCCAACCACCUCUCAGACCGCCACCUCCACCACAGCCACAUCCACACCCCCAACCACCUCUCAGAUCGACACCUCCGCCACAGCCACGUCCACACCCCCGACGACCUCUCAGAUCGACACCUCCGCCACAGCCACAUCCACAUCCCCAACCACCUCUAAGACCACCACUUCUGCCACAGGCACAUCGACAUCCACACCCCCAACCACCUCCCAGACCACCACUGCCCCGUCCACAUCCCCAACAACCUUCCAGACCGCCACCUCUGCCACAGCCACAUCCACACCCCCGACGACCUCCCAGACCGCCACCUCCAUCACAGCCACGUCCACACUCCCGAACACCUCUCAGACCGCCACCUCUGCCACAGCCACGUCCACACCCCUGACGAACUCCCAGACUGCCACCUCCACCACAGUGACAUCCAAACCCCCGACCACCUCUCAGACUGCCACCUCCACCACAGCAACAUCCACCCCCCCAACAAGCUCUCAGACCGCCACAGCCCCAGCCACAUCCACACCCCCAACUACCUCUCACACCGCCACCUCCACCACAGCCAUGUCCACAUCCCUGACGACCUCCCAGACCACCACCUCUGCCACAGCCACAUCCACACCCCCAACAACCUCCCAGACCACCACCUCCGCUACAGCCACAUCCACACCCCCAACCACCUCGCAGAUCACCAUCUCCACCAUAGUCCCAUCACCACCCCCAACAACCUCGCAGACCGCCACCUCCGCCACAGCCACAUCCACACCCCCAACCACCUCUCAGAUCACCAUCUCCACCAUAGUCCCAUCACCACCCCCAACAACCUCGCAGACUGCCAUAGCCACAUCCACAGCCACAUCACCACCCCCAACAACCUCCCAGACCAUCACAGCCACAUCCACAUCCCUGAUGACCUCCGAGACCGCCACCUCUGCCAUAGCCACAUCCACACCCCCAACAACCUCCCAGACCACCACCUCUGCUACAGCCACAUCCACACCCCCAACCACCUCUCAGAUCACCAUCUCCACCAUAGUCCCAUCACCACCCCCAACAACCUCGCAGACCGCCAUAGCCACAUCCACACCCCCCAAAACCUCUCAGACCACCACCUCCGCCACAGCCACAUCCACACCCCCAACAACCUCCCAGACCACCACAGCCACAUCCACACCCCCAACCACCUCUCAGACCGCCACCUCCACCACAGCCAUGUCCACACCCCCGACCACCUCCCAGACUGCCACCUCCGCCAUAGCCACAUCCACACCCCCGACCACCUCCCAGACCGCCACCUCCGCCACAGCCACGUCCACACCCCCGACCACCUCCCAGACCACCACCUCCGCCAUAGCCACAUCCACACCCCCGACUACCUCCCAGACCGCCACCUCCGCCACAGCCACGUCCACACCCCCGACCACCUCCCAGACUGCCACCUCCGCCACAGCGACAUCCACACCCCCAACAACCUCCCAGACCACCACAGCCACAGCCACAUCCACACCCCCAACCAUGUCUAAGACCACCACUUCUGCCACAGCCACAUCCACAUCCUCAACAACCUCUCAGACCGCCACCUCCGCCACAGACACAUCCCUACUCCCAACCACCUCCCAGACCGCCACCUCCGCCACAGCCACAUCCACACCCCCGACCACCUCUCAGACCGCCACCUCCACCGCAGUGACAUCCACACCCCCAACAACCUCUCAGACCGCCACAUCCACAUCCACACCCCCAACCACCUCUCAGACCGCCACCUCCUCCACAGCCACGUCCACACCCCCAACGACCUCCCAGACCACCACCUCCGCCACAGCCACAUCCACACCCCCGACGACCUCCCAGACCGCCACAGCUACAGCAACAUCCACACCCCCAACCACCUUUCAGACCGCCACCUCUGCCACAGCCACAUCCAUACUCCCAACCACCUCUCAGACCGCCACCUCUGCCACAGCCCCCUCACCACCCCUGACCACCUCCCAGGCCUCCACCUCCGCCACUCCCAGCACUGCCACGCACAGCCGCUCCACAGCUGCCCCCGCCCCUGCCCCCGUCCCCGUCCCGCCUGAGACAGGAGCUUCCCUCCUCCCCUACGGGGCCGGCGCCGGGGACCUGGAGUUCGUCAGGAGGACCGUGGACUUCACCUCCCCGCUCUUCAGGCCCGCGACUGGCUUCCCCCUCGGCUCCUCGCUGCGCGAUUCCCUCUACUUCACAGACAAUGGCCAGAUCAUCUUCCCAGAGUCAGACUACCAGAUUUUCUCCUAUCCCAACCCACUCCCAACAGGCUUCACAGGCUGGGACCCUGUGGCCCUGGUGGCUCCGUUCUGGGACGAUGCUGACUUCUCCACUGGUCAGGGGACCAUAUUUUAUCAGGAAUACAAGACGCUCUAUGGUGAACGCAGGCUGCCAGUCCUGCAGACCGAGUCUUGGAUUAGAAAGAUCACAAACAAUGGCGGCUUCAAGGCCAGGUGGACCCUAAAGGUCACGUGGGUCAAUGCCCACGCUUAUCCUGCCCAGUGGACCCUUGGGAGCAACACCUACCAGGCCAUCCUCUCCACAGACGGGAGCAGGUCCUAUGCCCUGUUUCUCUACCAGAGCGGUGGGAUGCAGUGGGACGUGGCCCAGCGCUCAGGCAACCUCGUGCUCAUGGGCUUCUCCAGUGGAGACGGCUAUUUCGAAAACAGCCCACUGAUGUCCCAGCCAGUGUGGGAGAAGUAUCGCCCUGAUAGAUUCCUGAAUUCCAGCUCAGGCCUCCGAGGGCUGCAGUUCUACAGGCUACACCGGGAAGAAAGGCCUAACUACCGUCUCGAGUGCCUGCAGUGGCUGAAGAGCCAGCCUCAGUGGCCCAGCUGGGGCUGGAACCAGGUCUCCUGCCCUUGUUCCUGGCAGCAGGGACGAUGGGACUUACGAUUCCAACCCGUCAGCAUAGGUCUCUUGGGCCUCGGCAGCAGGCAGCUCUGCAGCUUCACGUCCUGGCGAGGAGGCGUGUGCUGCAGCUACGGGCCGUGGGGAGAGUUUCGUGAAGGCUGGCACGUGCAGCGUCCCUGGCAGUUCGCCCCGGAACUGGAACCGCAGAACUGGUGCUGCCUCUGGAAUGACAAGCCCUACCUCUGUGCCCUGUACCAGCAGAGGCGGCCCCGCGUGGGCUGUGCUACAUACAGACCCCCACGGCCUGCCUGGAUGUUCGGGGACCCCCACAUCACCACCUUGGAUGGUGUCAAUUACACCUUCAAUGGGCUGGGGGACUUCCUGCUGGUCGGGGCCCAGGACGGGAACUCCUCCUUCCUGCUGCAGGGCCGCACGGCCCAGACUGGCUCAGCCCAGGCCACCAACUUCAUCGCCUUUGCGGCUCAGUACCGCUCUGGCAGCCUGGGCCCCGUGACGGUCCAAUGGCUCCUUGAGCCUCAUGAUGGAAUCCAUGUCCUGCUGGAUAACCAGACUGUGACAUUUGAGCCUGGACAUGGAGACGGCGGAGGCCAGGAGACGGUCAACGCCACCGGAGUCCUCCUGAGCCGCAACGGCUCCGUGGUCUCUGCCAGCUUCGACGGCUGGGCCGCCGUCUCGGUGAUCGCGCUCUCCGACAUCCUCCACGCCUCCGCCAGCCUCCCGCCCGAGUACCAGAACCGCACGGAGGGGCUCCUGGGAGUCUGGAAUAACAAUCCGGAGGACGACUUCAGGAUGCCCAAUGGCUCCACCGUCCCCCCAGGGAGCUCUGAGGAGACGCUUUUCCACUACGGAAUGACCUGGCAGAUCAACGGGACAGGCCUUCUUGGCAAGAGGAAUGACCAGCUGCCUUCCAACUUCACCCCUGUUUUCUACUCACAACUGCAAAACAGCUCCUGGGCUGAAGAUGUGAUCUCCAGCUGUAAUGGAGACAGCUCAUGCAUCUAUGACACCCUGGCCCUGCGCAACGCAAGCAUCGGACUUCACACGAGGGCCGUCAGCAAAACCUACAAGCAGGUGAACGCCACCCUCAAUCAGUACCCGCCCUCCAUCAAUGGUGGUCAUGUGGUUGAAGCCUACAAGGGGCAGACCACGCUGAUUCAGUACACCAGCAAUGCUGAGGAUGCCACCUUCACGCUCAGAGACAACUGGACUGACUUUAAGCUCUUUGAGAAUGGGACGUUGCUAUGGACACCCAAGUCGUUGGAGCCAUUCACUCUGGAGAUUCUAGCAAGAAGUGCCAAGAUUGGCUUGGCAUCUGCACUCCAGCCCAGGACUGUGGUCUGCCAUUGCAAUGCAGAGAGCCAGUGUUUGUACAACCAGACCAGCAGGGUGGGCAACUCCUCCCUGGAGAUGGCCGGCUGCAAGUGUGACGGGGGCACCUUCGGCCGCUACUGUGAGCGCUCCAAGGACGCCUGUGAGGAGCCGUGCUUCCCGAGUGUCCGCUGCAUUCCUGGGAAGGGCUGCGAGGCCUGCCCUCCACACCUGACUGGGGAUGGACGGCACUGUGCUGCUCUGGGGAGCUCUCUCCUGUGUCGGAACCAGUCCUGCCCUGUGAAUUACUGCUACAAUCAAGGCCGCUGCUACAUCUCCCAGACUCUGGGCUGCCAGCCCACAUGCACCUGCCCCCCGGCCUUCACCGAUAGCCUCUGCUUCCUGGCUGGGAACAACUUCAGUCCAACUGUCCACCUAGAACCUCCCUUAAGAGUCAUCCAGCUCUUGCUCAGUGAAGAGGAAAAUGCCUCCAUGGCAGAGGUCAACGCCUCGGUGGCAUACAUACUGGGGACCCUGGACAUGCGGGCCUUUCUCCGCAACAGCCAAGUGAACCGAAUCGAUUCCCCAGCACCUGCCUCGGGAAGCCCCAUUCAACACUGGAUGGUCAUCUCGGAGUUCCAGUACCGCCCUUGGGGCCCCGUCAUCGACUUCCUGAACAACCAGCUGCUGGCUGCGGUAGUGGAGGUGUUCUUCUACCAGGUUCCACGGAGGAGGGAGGAGUCCAGGAACCAUGUGGUCUUCCAGCCCAUCUCCAGGGAAGACGUGUGGGAUGUGACAGCCCUGAACGUGAGCACGCUGAAGGCUUACUUCAAAUGCAAUGGCUACAAGGGCUAUGACCUGGUCUAUAGCCCCCAGAGCGGCUUCACCUGCGUGUCCCCGUGCAGUAGAGGCUACUGUGACCAUGGAGGCCAGUGCCAGCACCUGCCCAGUGGGCCCCGCUGCAGCUGUGUGUCCUUCUCCAUCUACACGGCCUGGGGAGAGCACUGUGAGCACCUGAGCAUGAAACUCGACGUGUUCUUCGGGAUCUUCUUUGGGUCCCUGGGCGGCCUCUUGCUGCUGGGGGUCGGGGUGUUCGUGGUCCUGCGCUUCUGGAAUUGCUCCAGGACCAGCUUCUCCUAUCUCCUGCACUCAGCUGAGGCCUCGCCUUGAAGGGACAGCUGUGGUCUAGGCUACCUCAAGACCCACCCCAUCCUCACCGCACACUUAAGGCGCCAUUGCUUUUGGGAGACUGGAAAAGGGAAGGUGACUGAAGGCUGUCAGGAUUCUACAAGGGGAGUGAAUACUGGGACUCAAGACAAGACUAUACCUUAUCCAUAGGCUCAGGUGCACAGGGGGAGGCCAUAAUGACAAGCAUGGAGGGGUCCUCACGCAGACACCCCCACAGAAGGACACUGGCCUGUGCACGCGUGCGCGCACAUACACACACACACACACACACACACCAGAGUUCAUAAUGCAGUGAUGGCCCUAAGUUAAGCAAAAUAUUUCUGCACACAAAACUCUCUGGUUUACUUCGAAUUAAAGUCUAUUUAAUAAAGCUGUCUAACUUUUUGUGUCUUCAAAA